AUAGACAUUUAUAAUGUUGUUUUAUACAUGUCUUGCUUACAUUGAUCCAUAUGUUUACCAUUUUUGUUUACCAUUUUGUCUUUCAUCUCAUCAAUUCCUUCUGUAGUCAUUUUUGUACGAUUUUCCUUCUGAACUACAUCUUUCACAUGUUCUUUUAGAAAGGGUUGGUUGGUCUUUAACUUUUUUGGGGUUUAGUUUCUCACAAAUGUCUUUCUCUCAGAAUUCAAAUUUUGACCUAAUCCUUGAAAGGCACUUUCAUCGGAUAUAUAUUUCCAAGAUGACAGGUUUGCUUUAAUCAGUACUUUGAAGAUACAGUCUUUUGUUUGAUUUAUAUAAUUACAACUGGGCAGUCACUUCAUCUCUGGUGUACAACAGUUUAACUUUGAUCUAUUUUAGAGGGGAUUUCUUUUUAGUUAUUAUACUUGGAAUUUAUCGUAAUUCUGAAACCGAUGAUUUACAUAUUUUACACAUUCCAGAAAGUUGUUAGAUAUGUUUGAAUAUCACUUUUCCUUCAUUUUCUCUAUUAUUUCCCAAACAUCUUAAACAGUCUUACUUAACAGUUGUCUUUGUCUUCCAAAUGUCCGUCUCUUUUUCUCUCUGUAAUGCAUUCUAUGCAUUCUUUCAGGUCUCCAUCUUAAUGUACUAAUAACUCCCUUCAUCUAUGUCUAUUUUGUGUUUAUUUUAUCCAUUCACUUUCAAAUUUCAAUAUUUACAUUUUUAUUUCUUGAAAUGCUAUCUGGUUAUGUUUCAAAUCCCUUUUGUCAUAUUUUAUACACUCUUUUUUGGAUAACACUUUCAAAACACCUUUAUUUGUUUGAACAUACUCAGUGUAUAAUUUUCUAGCUCCUUUAGGAGCCAAAUUUUGCUCUCUGUUAUUUCUGUGGACUAAUGCAUACGAUGAACAAUUUUUUGUUUGUUGGUGAUUUUUGAUUGUGAACUAAUGUAUGGGAAAUGUGUCAUGAGACCUGGGUUUAAGCUGCAUUCCUCCAGAGAAAAUUUGGGUUUGCCUAUACUAGUUGCCUGGGAUCAGUAUGGAACUCAAAAUAAAUUAUGCUUUUGAGAUUUUUAAGAAAACUGAUUGUUUGAAUUUAGUCUGCAAACACAGUGACAUGUUUCUAGUUUUAGCUCUUCUAAGAUUUCUUGUUGACUCUUUUGUGGGGUGAUUUUUUGUUUCUUCAAAUUCACCUUUUUGCGAGACUGUAAACAUUUGGAUACACAGAUUUAGGGAGGGGUUUCCUAUUAAAUAUUUAACCUUCAACAGAAUCCAUUCUUUGUCUCUGAUCAUCUGCAGCUAUCAGUUCUAUCAGAAUUAAAGCUCAAGAACACCAGAUAUGGAUAACUAGCGGUAUUAGAACUCACUUCCUUUUCUGGACUCCUAAUUAUCUCUUGUUCUUUAAUGUCUGGCAAUUUUGCUUAUUUCCUCUCAACUUAGCAUACACAUACAUACACGCACACACACACUCUCACACACACACUCACAUAUAUGUGUGUGUGUAUGUACAUACAUAAUUAUUAUAGCUAGCAUUAUUGUGUUAUUCCUAAUAGAAAAACUUUUCAGGUUUUGAGUUCACAAUGCUAACAGAAAUUAAUGCUUACUGUUUAAGAGUUUAUAACAGUCUUUCAUAUUUCUAUAUAAGCUUUUUAAUUUAAAAAUGUAUUCAGCAAUCUUCUUAUAUUAACAUGUACUUUGCAUCAUGUUUUGAAUGGCUGUAUAAUAUUAAAUACUAUGAAUGAAAUAUCAUUUAUUUAACAAGUCCCCUACUGAUGGAUAUUUAAGUUGUUUUCAGUUUCUUGUUGUUACAAAAACAAAGUCAACAUAUAUACACACACACACACACAUAUAAGUUCCAUAUAUAUGGUUCCAACAGCUAGGUUAAAUUUAUAGAAUUAGAAUUGCUAAAUCAAAGAAUAUAGUACUUAAACUUUGAUAUUUAUUUCUAAUUUGCUUUUCAGAGUUUGCAACAACUAAUCUGAGAGAGAAAAAGAAAAUCUAUGUCUGUAUCCCCAUUGCCUUAUCUGCAUUGGGUUUUAUGAGCACAUUAUUAUUAAUUUGAGGAAUAAUUUAUUUAACUUUAUUCUCCAUUUAUUCCAUGGAGAUAAAAUGUAUUAUGAAAACAUGAAUGGAGUGCUUUUAAAAGACAUUUUUCAUGGCAAGUGAGGAACUGAUUUGAGCCCAUCUUUCUCGUAUUCGACUGUGAAAUAUAUAAUCCAAUAUAACAGCAAUGUCAUUAGAUCUCUCAUCUGACUGUGAGUGUCCUAAUUGUUUGGAGGGUCUUCAGAAUGAGUCUGAUUGGAACCUCUGUUCCCAUGAGAGUGGUAAUGGCUCUUUACAUUCAAGAUCAAGGAAGAAAUCCAUGCUUUCUUCUAGCAUGCAGUACUUUCCUUCUCAGUGUUGUCCCACCAAGCCAGAGAGUGAUAACAAAGAAGACUCAGCAGUUCUUCCCUCAGAUGAGGAAAGCUAUGUGGGUUCUUCUCAAAACAAUCAUCCCAUUUGGAGCCUUGAGGAUAUCAAAAGGAAAAUCAAGCCAUUGAGAGAGCGGACUAUCCAAGAGUUACUGAGAGAGUUUGGGGAUAGUGGGAAGUUCCAGCCAAACUCCAUGUCCCUGAGCUACUUUAGAGAUCAGGUGGUUAUGAAGUUCAGAAGAGCUCUGUAUUAUUCUGGAAUUUGGGUGACGCAUGUUCGAGGCCACAAACCUCAUAAGCACUUUACAGCUAAUUAUUUUAAAAGAAACCCUGGUUGCCUACACCGGCUGGUUCCAUGGCUGAAACGGGAACUAACAGCUGUUUAUGGAAAUUAUGGCUACACAGUGAAGAACAUCCUAACCACCAUCCUCCAUCACAUGACAGAAUAUGACUUGGACAGUGAGUCCUUCAUUCACCUCCUGGAACCUUAUCUCUUACAACACACCCACCAUUUCCUACAUGAGUUUAUUAGUUUUGUUCAUUCACCUUACAACAUGGACACCUAUGACCAGCGAGCCAUCUAUCAAUGCUCUGCUGCUUCACCAUAUGUAAACAAGAAGUCCCUUGUAUCAGCUCUUGUUUCACCUCUGCCUAAGGAUCACACUCUACUGAUAUCUCAACAUAAUACAAAGCAGUCUAAAAACACCCAGGGUCAAUGGGAUAAAGAGGAGAGGCCCCUGUCAGGCUUGAAACAGUUUCCAAAUGGUAACUUUUCCUUGAAGAAAUCUGAAAUCCCACCAGUCUAUGAUGAAACAGUAAGCAAAAACUAUGGUGGAAUAAAAGACAAAGCAGAAUCAGGCGACCACAAAAGCACCAUUUCUAUGAAUAAUAUACUCCAGAAGUGGGCUACUCCAAGGGAAAGGUGCCCAGGCUUACUGAAUUGCAACAAAAAAGUUCAAGAGAAAAAGACAGAAGGGAUAAAGUUGUUUCCUGAUCAUGUCCACGAUCUGGGAAAGAGUGACACAACCGCACACACCUUCAGUACCCCCGCAAUUUCUAAUCAGGUUCAUCCACAGAAAUAUAGUUUAAGAGAAAGAAAGGGUUUGAGCCUUGGCCAGAAGAUAAACUUCCAGCAAAAAGAAGAAGAAAAUAACAAAUACUCAGAUCCUUCACCAAAGACCUUUCAAAGACUGUCCAGAGAAAGAUCCUUGAAAAGUUGCAAAUCCAGAGAGAGAAACCCCUCUUGGAGUUGCAUUUCAGAAAGUGCCUUUUCUCCUGAGAGAGAUGGCAGGAAACUGAGUUCUUUUAGAAAAAAGAGGAUGAAGUGUAGACAACUCUCCCAAUCUGUAGAAAUUGGUUCACACUCCAGGAGAAGAAUCCAAAGACGAUCAAGGUCCAAUACUCACAGAUCCAAAUCCUGGUGUGUUGGAUCUAGAAAGAGAUCUGUAAGCAGAGAAUCAAGUAAUCUCUCUCUGAGAGGAAGUCACAGAAGUGAACACUUCACCCAGAAUAUAUGCUGUGAGCCCUCAAAAGAAAAGCACGCACAUGGCAAUGAAUCAAACUAUGGGAGGCCAUCUUCAACCACAGUCCAAUACGUGAAGCUUUCUUCAACUGCUGGGAAGAGACCCAAGUGUCCUUCUAAAAGUGAAGGUGCUUCCCAAGCAGGAAGACACGGUAACAGUCCCACAUGCCUACAUCUCCAGGAACACAGAUCCCCAAGUAAACAGGAGAUAAAGCAAAAAACAACAUUUCCUAGAACUGGAAGAACCAGAGCAGCUAGGCGCAGAAAAACCAAAUGCCAUUAUUCAGACAUACACAUCACAGAGGAUGUCAAUGAUGAACUGGUCAAUCUGGAUGAUAUAAGACAAACGAGUGGUCUGAGUGUGCACCCUCCUGCAGGAGGCAAAUCCACCAAAAACAGCAUUUGAAUCUUCAGAAUAUUCACUGGGUCAAGAAACAAUACAAAAGAAACAUACUAUCAGAAACAUAGGUGCAAAUUGUUUUAAAAGGCAAAUCAGUCUACUAAACUAGCCACCAAGCUAGUUAUUCAUACUUUCAAAGAGUAUGAAUAUAAUCUAAAAACAUUAUUGAAAAGAUUUAUCCAUCACUUUAUAACUGAAAGUAAAAGCCUGGUUAUUAAAUUCAAAGUUGACUUUGGAGACAAAUGCAAAUCAUUAAAUUGGUCAUAUAUGUAAAUAUUUCUCCCUACAUUUUUUCUUAUGAAAUCAAUUAUUAAAAUAUUUGACUUAUUUUUUUGCUUCUAGAUUUAACUGUAAAGAUUGACUGCUCAAAGUUCCAAACACCCUGAAGAUUAUACUAACAAUAAAAGUAUAAGUUUCCUACCACAAGUUAUUAAUAAGUAUGUUACUAAACACAUGUGUUAUUGUAUUAGUUUGUUCUCACACUACU